ACAGAAUCAUCCACAAAGGGCACUGGUACAACAAAGGAAACAGAGACAUCCACUGAAGUGUCUGAGACCACUGUUUCAGAAGAAUCUCAGUCAACAGAAUCAUCCACAAAGGGCACUGGCACAACACAAGAAACAGAGACAUCUACUGAAGUAUCUGAGACCACUGUUUCAGAAGAAUCUCAGUCAACAGAAUCAUCCACAAAGGGAACUGGCACAACACAAGAAACUUCGACAUCUACUGAAGUGUCUGAGACCAGUGAAGUCACGGGAGUCAUAACAACUUCGUCUUCUGGUUCAGGAUUGUCUGAAGAAACAUCAACCGAAACUACUACAUCAGUAACUUCUAGUGAAUCUUCCGUCUCAUCACAUCCAACAACAUCCAAGGAAACCUCUACAGAGGCCAUUACGUCUACCACAGUUGAAGAGAGUACAUCGGAAUGUGUGACUCCACCACCAGAAAUCAGUAACAGAAUCGAAAAUCUAAAUAAGGAACUGUCCAAGUUGCAGGCAGAGAUCGAAGUUGUAACAACGAAGCUGAUGAAAUGUGUUGGGGAUGCGGAAAGUCUGGAUGAAUUGCAUGUUCUUUCUGGUAACCUUGAGGAAUUGCUAAAGGAACUCAGGGAAAUAGAGGCAGCGUUAGAUGCACUGCAAGGAUCCAGGAGGAGGUUCAUCUUGUCAUCUUCUCUCCUCUCUCUUCUCAGCGCAGCAUCUAAGAGAGUGAAUUUGGAAUGUCCAACAGAGCGAAGGAGCUUAUCAGCAUCACUUGCACAUCUUGAUGAGUUACUCACAGCCCUCACGCAUCAACCCACCAGCUCAUCCCUUCAAGACCAAGUGUCCUGUGCCGCUAGCAAGACCGUCGAGGCAUUUACUCUUGUGGUUCGGGGCACGGAGCAGGUUAAUGAAGAGGACAGGCAGCAGGUAGAGCGAGUCCUCCACCACAUCACUACUGAGAGGAUGCAACAGCUGACAUCCGUCCUCCAGCUGAACAAGGAGGCAAACCUUGCCGAGAAAGAAAGGCUGACGAGGGAGAUGAAGGAACUGAAGGAGAAGAAAAGAAAAUUGGAAGACUCGAUUAGGGAGGCACGAGAGAUGAAGAGCUAGAGAGAGAGAGAGAGAGAGAGAGAGAGAGAGAGAGAGAGAGAGAGAGAGAGAGAGAGAGAGAGAGAGAGAGAGAGAGAGAGAGAGAGAGAGAGAAUUAGUCAACAUAAUUUAGAUAAAGAGGUACUUCAUGGCAGAAGUGUGAUGAAAUAAAUGGAAUAUUUACGGCAUUCAUAUUCUUAACUUUCCAUCUCACUUAAGCAAGAAAACAGAGAGAGAGAGAGAGAGAGAGAGAGAGAGAGAGAGAGAGAGAGAGAGAGAGAGAGAGAGAGAGAGAGAGAGAGAGAGAGAGAGAGAGAGAGAGAGAGAGAGAGAGAGAGAGAGAGAGAGAGAGAGAGAGAGAGAGAGAGAGAGAGAAAUAUGUACUUAUAUGAAAUAAUACAACAAAUAUAGCAUCUGUAAAACUG